UUGAACAAGAGCGAGUAAAUUGACCAACAGCUGAAAAAACAUAAUUUUAGUUAAUUUUUCGUAUUCAACUUGAAUUUUCUAUAAAUAAUAAAUUUUGUAAUUUUUAUUCGCAAAAAAAAAUGAAACCAGCGCAUCGGCAGUAUUAUGCGGCAUUUUGUGCUAAUUUAGCAACAGUUUUGUACGGAAUUUUCAUUUCUUGGAGUUCGCCGUACAUUCCUUUGCUGCAGUCGGAAAAUUCGCCAUUGAAAAAUCGCUUGAGUGACGAAGAAGCUUCGUGGAUUGCGGCAAUUGGAGGCUUUGGAGGCUUGGCAAGUACUUUUCUCUGUGGAUGGUUACUCGAUCGCAUUGGAAGAAAGAAAACUUUAAUUUUAAUUGGAAUUCCGCAAAUUAUUUGUUGGGUCCUAAUUUUGUAUGGAACGACUGCGAACCAACUUUUAGUAGCGAGAAUUUUGGGAGGAUUGUCGGGCGGAGGAGCUUUUACUGUUGUUCCUGUUUUUGUGAGCGAAAUUGCUGAUGAUGAUCGACGAGGAAAUUUAGGAACAAUUUUUUCCGUUUCUUGUAAUUUUGGGAUAUUUCUCGGAUUUGUCAUCACAACGUUUUUUGAAUAUCAUUUUGUGCCAAAAAUUGUACUUGCGAUGGCUUUGAUGUACUCUGUGAAUAUAAUGUUCGUGAAAGAAUCUCCAAAUUUUCAUAAGUUAAGAGGAAAUUAUGCUCAAGCAGAAGAAAGUAACAAAUAUUAUACGGGAAAUAAAGUUCAAGAAUUCGUAAAGGAGUCAAAUAACAAUUUUGUGAAGGAGAAAUUACGACUUUCGGAUUUCAAAAACCCCGCAUAUUGGAAACCAACCAUAAUGAGUUUAAUUGUAACAACAUUUUGCACUGUAAGCGGCUCCUUUGUCAUAAUUUGCUUCACAAAACAAAUUCUAGACGAAGCCGGAUCCCCCUUUUCCUCUGAAAUGGGUUCCAUCAUCAUUGCUUUUAUCCAAUUUCUCGGCUCGUACGUGGCUUCUUUGGUAAUCGAGCGUCUCGGCAGAAAACUUCUCCUUCUCACGUCGGCAAUCGUUGCGACAAUUUCCCUCUCCAUUGCGGGCAGUUAUUACUACCUCAAGUCAUUGGAGCAAAUUUCGCCGAGCUACAGUGCGACACCACUCGUUUGUGUCUCCGUGUUAUUUUUUAUCGUUGCCGCUGGACUUGCUACCGUCCCAAUUGUGGUUGUCACUGAAAUAUUGCCGCACAAAAUUCGUGGCUUGAUUUUUACGCUGUGCAUGGCGGAGUUGUGGACAAUAAUUAUUUUGGGUGUCAGAUAUUUUAUGGCGAUGUCCGAUGCGAUGGGCAUGCACGGAUUUUUAUGGUUCUUUGCAGGCACGUCGUUCGUAGCAGCAGCUUUUAUUGGCUUGUGUCUGCCUGAGACGAAAGGCAAGAGUAUCGACACGAUUGCAGGAUUUUUUAAUAAAUAAAACUUUUGACGAGAGGAAGGAAGAAGGGUUUAAAAGCUUUUUGUUUGCUCAUGUAACAAACACAUAAACACACUUCUUCUUAUUUUUUUUCGUACGAAGAACAACUGAGACGUUCAAAAUUACAUUUCCUCCUCUUCUCUGCAUUUUUAUUAAAUUUCCGCAUAAAUUUUUAUUUAUCCACUCACAUUUCUCAUACACUUCCCUCAUGUGUUGUGUGUGAUCCUUCCGUUUAUUUAUUUCAAUUGCGGAGGAUGAGAUUGGAUCAACUGGCAUUUAAAUAAGUAACUUACUACAAUUUACACUUUUUUAAAGGAGAAUUUCUCCUACUUCUAUGAAUUCCUGGAUUUUUAUCGUCCUAUAAAAGGAAGAUUUAUGGAGCAAUUGUUCCUGAAAAAAAAACUCGACAUUUUAUGUUAAGGGAGGAAUCUUCAAAAAAAAAAAAGUAUUCAUAAAAAAAAUUAUUUUAAUUUUUUAUUCGUUGCAUAAAUAAUAUUUUGUACAAAGAGCAGCGUAAUAAGCACUUUUUUCGUUCUUUAGUCGUUUCUUUGCUUUGUUGUUGUUCUUUGAAUGCCAUUUGAAUGAACAAACACAAAAUUGCACUUAAAACGAGGAAUUUUCUUAUUUAGCGCGUAUAGCAAAAUUAAAUCAGGAAAAUAAGCAUUCAACGCAAACAAACGUAAUAAAGUUCAAAGGAAAGGUUUUUU